UCGCCCACCACAUCCUGGCCUCUCACUGCUGCCAGCUCCCUCCUGCCCAGAGCUUAGCCUGGCCUGCAGAGCAGGUGCCAUGUGGCCCGUACUUGCUGCCCUGCUCUGCCUGGGGCUGUGUUGGAGCCAGGGAGUCAGCACCCGCAAACAGACGCUCUCCAAACCCAUCAUCUGGGCUGAGCCCAGUGCUUUGGUUCCGAAGGGGAUGCCAGUGACCAUCUGGUGCCAGGGUGCACCGGAUGCUGAGGAGUUUCAGCUGCAUUUUGAGGGGGUCCUUUUUGCCUCAGGGAUGCCGAAGCCCACUGUGCCUAGGUGCAAAGCCGACAUCCUCAUCCCGACCAUGACCUCCCGCACUGCAGGCCGGUACAGCUGCUCCUACCGCAGUGGGGGACGCUGGUCGGAGCCCAGUGAUGGCCUGGACCUGGUGGUGACAGGAAUGUACGACACGCCCACCCUCCAGGUUCAUCCAGGGCCUGAGGUGACCUUGGGCGAGAGUGUGACCUUGUACUGCCACCUGGAGACUGCAACCAGCAUGUUCUUCCUGCUCAAGGAGGGGAGAUCCAGCCAUGUCCGGGAGGGCUGGGGUCCUGUCCAGGCGGAGUUCCCCCUGGGCCCUGUGACUGCAGCCCACCAGGGCACUUACAGAUGCUUUGGGUCUUACAACAGCCACUCAUGGUCCUUCCCCAGUGAGCCCGUGGAGCUCGUGGUCACAGGAGACGGGAACACCAGCUUCUCCCUCUUGGACCCCACCUCUCCUGCAGCAGCGGCCGAUGCCUGGGAGCCAUGUGCUAUGAACACAGAGUCGGGUGCCCAGAAAGACCCCGUCCUCUGGGACUUCACCACGCAGAACCUCCUGCGGCUGGGCCUGGCGCUGCUGGUCCUGGUGGCCCUCGUGCUGCUCCUGGUGGAAGACUGCAAGAGCAGGAAGCGGGUACGAGUGAGAGCCCACGGUGCCACGUCUCGGGAGCACAGGGGAAGAAGGGGACGCAGAGUGCCCACGGGCACUGGAGGCCUGGCCUGACCUGGGUGUGAGUUCUGUGCUGGACCCACUGUGGAGAGUGGGGCAGGGACCCGAGUGGGGUUUGAGGGAGCACCCUGAAGGGCAGGGCGGGAUGAAGAGGCUCCCCGCCUGCUGUGGAGGAGCCUGGAUUGCUCAGUGUCUCUGCUGCGUCUCCAGGGUGUGUGCCGCUCCCUGCAAACUGUUCUACCAGGCGGGGCCUUCUGGAACUCUCUCUCCUUAACAGCAUGGCCAGGGGAAUAUUGCUUCUACCUGGAGUGUGUACGUAUGUGUGAGUGUACGUGUGUGUGCACGUGCGUGUGUGCAUGUGUGUGCGUGCAUGUGUGUG